AACCUCGCAGCUGUCAUCUGUCAUUUUUAAAAUCAAUAAACUUUUGUUCGCGUAUUUGUUGUGAUCGUUGCGAUUUUGUUUUCGAGCGAUGUGAGCGUAACAUGGCAUUGAAACAGUGAAUAAUCUAAAUAUACUUUACCAAAACGUUCCUUACAAGUUUCUAGUCAAAGAAAUAGUCAUAAUAGUGGAGAUCAUGUCGAAUACGAAGAAGCCACAGGCCGAGGAGGUCGAAAAUGUGCGUGUGAUUAUACGCAUACGGCCGAUGAGCAAGAAGGAUCAUGCGGAAGGAAAUCUGGACAUCAUUGAGCUGGAUGAUGAGGAGAGUGUGCUUACACUUACUAAACCUACUGGAGGACAUGAAAAGACUAAAACGUUUAAGUUUGAUCAUGUUUUUGGCACGGAUUGCACACAAAUGGAAAUUUACCGCCAUAUUGCAUACCCAAUCGUCGAAAAAACCCUCCAAGGCUACAACGGCACCAUCUUCGCCUACGGUCAAACCGGAACCGGCAAAACCUUCACAAUGGCGGGCGAUAACAAAGUCCCCGAGCUGAAAGGUAUCAUCCCCAAUGCAUUCUCCCACAUCUUCUCACACAUUGCACGCGCUAGCGAAGAGAAAGCCUUCGCUGUCACAGUGACAUAUUUAGAGAUCUACAACGAAGAUGUCCGUGAUUUACUGUCAAACACACCGAAUACCAAACUGGAAGUACGCGAGAGAAAAGAUGUCGGCGUGUACGUGAAAGAUCUGAUGGGUUUCACCGUUGAUUCGAUCGAAUCGAUUACGGAGCUGAUGACCCGCGGCAAUAACAAUCGCAUGACACGUUCGACGUUGAUGAACGACGUCAGUUCGCGUUCGCAUGCCAUUUUUACCAUCACUAUUGAAUCGAAAGAUCGUUUGGAUAAUAAGACACGCAUUGGCAAGUUGAAUCUUGUUGAUUUAGCUGGUUCUGAACGUGUGAGCAGAACACAUGCCACUGGAGAUCGCCUCAAAGAAGCCUCCAAUAUAAAUCAGUCACUUUCUGUGCUUGGAAAUGUGAUUUCCGCGUUGGUAGACUGUAAAAGUACGCAUAUUCCGUAUAGAAAUUCGAAAUUGACGCGUUUAUUGCAAGAUUCGCUGGGUGGUAACUCGAAGACGGCUAUGAUAGCGAUGGUGAGUCCAUCAGACGCUGAUUAUGAAGAGAGUAUUUGUACUUUGCGAUAUGCUAGUCGUGUGAAGUAUAUUAAGAACACUGUGCGGAUUAAUGUUGGGACUAAGAAAGGUCUCAUCGAAGGAUUUGAGGCGGAGAUUGAGAAGUUGAAACAGCAAGUGGAGUAUAUUUCACUGCAUGAGGAGAAGGUCGCUGCAAGGAUUGAGAAUAAACGCAAAAAGGAGAGUAUACUAGAAGAAGAGAACCGGAAACAGGCUGCUGAGAUUGAACAAACAGAAAAAGAAAAGAAUGAUAUCCUCAACAAAAUAACACUAAUCCAAAAGAAGAUCCUCGUCGGCGGUGAGAAUCUCUUCGAAAAAGCAAAACAACAAGAAUUCCUGCUUGAAAUGUCCCGUGGUGAACUCGAAGCAAUGGACGAAUACAGCAAACAACUCGAAGAAGAAAUCGUUAAAAAGGGCCAGGAACGUAUUAAUGUCGAAGAACAAUAUUCAUCACUCCAAGAAGAAAACACCGGAAUAACUAAAACCAUCAAAAAAGUACAGACACAACUAAACGAAGUCAAAGAAGAGCAUGCUGACAAGGAACACGAGUACCAACGAGAAAUGGAGGUUCUCUUGGACAACUAUCGACUGCUAAUCAGAGAGCUACAACUCGCCAAUGUGAUGAUUGAUAAUUACAUUCCAAAAGAAUAUUUGAAAACCAUCGAGAGUAAAAUCUUGUGGAACACCGACACGACGGAGUUUCAAGUAAAAGGUGUUGCCUACACCGGAAACAACAUGCGCAAACACAUGAGCAUGGCCGUUGAUAAACCGGUAGCCGUCCAGCGGCCAUUAAAGAACGUCUAUCACAGCUACAAUGCCGGUAAGAAGGUCGAGCGUCGUAUUCGUACGUCCAGUGUUCCGCGUCCUAGCAACAUGAGGCGCUCUGCUAGUAAAUCCGCAUGCAACUAAACAUCAAAAACCAAGUAAGUAAAGUAUACUAUUAUAAUCCUAACCUCUCACUAUUUAAAAAGAUAAGAUUGUGUUGAUGUCACAUUAAAACUAUAUAAAAAAUAUUAAAAAUUAAAAAAAGUAGAA